GCGAUAUACUGCAAUACUAUAGGCACGAUGAUAUAUUGAGGUUUUUCUUCUUUUUUUUUUCUUUUUUUACAAUUUAAUUGUAGGAAAUGUGGUCAUUGAGUGAACGUGACUUUGGUCGGAAGACACUUGAACACAAAGGGUCAACUGUUGGAAAGCUCACAGCUGUAUGAGUGUAACAUUCAGCUUUACUGAAUUUUAUUGGGAAAAAAUCUCUUCAUGGCAAGUUUAAGUCCAGAAUCAACACUUCUUUUGUUUUGUAUUUUUCCUCUGGCCGGUCUGUUGUAAAUGUUGUCAUUUUUUCCAUGAGGCGAUGCUAAUUGAGAUAAUGUAAGAUUCUCAGUGUGCCCUUGUUCUAUAGCAGGGUAGUGGAUCUUGUGCGGUGGCAGAGAAAAAUGAUUUAUAACGUAAGCCAUUGGUAGCAAAUUAAUUUCAAUUUUAAAUCAUUUCUUCAUGCUUGUCCCAUAAUGGGGAAUUGGCAUUGAUUUGUAAUUUCAUUUAAAUGGGAAUAGCAGUUCUGUUGGAAUUACUGUUUAAAAAAAAAAGUUCAGGGAAGUUUUGAAGCAAUAGCUGUGAAUAUGUCAACGUGGGUGGGCUGGACAAUAGUCCUGUCUACAAAAGACGGUGCAGGAAAGGUUUGGGAACCACGGUGAUCUACUGAGUGGGUGCAUUCAUAUUCAUUUUUAAAUCCCAGUGGCUUGAAGCUUAUGAAGACUUUCCCAAAGUGACUUGCAGCUGUAAUUGCAAAGCCUGUCCCUUAAAACUACUAACUUUAAGGGGCAUACAUUAUGUCAUUAAGUCUACACAAUAAUGGGGGGGCGACAAACUCCAUACUGGAUGACCUUCAUUUUUCCUACAUCAGCUCUUUGCUAUUUGUCUCUGUACAUGUUUGUACAAUAUUUUCACUAAGGGAAAUUAGGUUGAAAGGUCGCCAGAGAUUUGAUGUAAUGGAAACUGUCCGUCCACAGCUUUUCUCCACUGACCUUCUCACAUCUAGCACAAAGCCUCCUUUCAUCUGAGACACACUGUAGACCUUAUAGUGCGCCGCUAAAUGAACUUGUGUGUGUGUGUGUGUGUGUCCUAGGUGGGUGUGUGUGGGUUAAAAGUCUGAAGAUCAUCUGCAUGAUGAGACAGAUCUGUUGGUUAUUGUCUUGAUAACCUGUGGUUCCAAAUGACAGCCAGUAAAAGAACCACUGAUUAUAUGCAGCUACGUCAUGAAAGCAAUCAGCCGUCAGAGAUGGGAUUAACUACGUAGCUGUCAAUCAAUUCGAAUUUAUAAUCAGAUAAAUUGGCUGCGGAUUAAUCAGGAUUAAUCACAGUCAUGCACAGUGCAGAAAAAGGACAAGGGCUAGAGUUGCUAAGUGGAGAUUGUUUAAACAUUAACUGAGAGGAAAGUUUUUAUAGAUUUAGUGAUGGAGGACAUGGUAGAGGUCGAUGUAGCAGUACAGAAAGGUGAGAGGUGAGGCACUGUGGUGACCCCUGAUUGGAUUAGCACAAAGAAGAAGUGAUAAAUUAGCUUCACUCUCUAUAGUAUCUUUUAAAAAGCCUCAAAAUGGGAUCAGUAUCAUACUGAUAACUGCAGUUUCUUUGUGUGACUUCCCUGAGAUUGGUCAGAAAUCCACAGAUUAAUAGGUGUGUGUGUGUGUGCGCAUGCUCAUCACUUCAAACAUUCCCAGCAUUCUCUGUCUCCCACCUGGUGAUUUUGGACUAAAGAAAUGUGAUCAAACGAACAACUCCUGUCAGUCUUCAGGCAAUCACAAUUGAGUGAGCUGAGGUUAGAGUCAGAGUGUUGCUGCCACUUAGCGUUGGGAAUGUGAAUUACAUGCUCCCCACUUACACUAUACACAGUAUAUAAAAUUGACAUAAUUUCCCCCAUAAAAACAUUUUGGUUUGUUUUUUUCAUACCUAUGUAAGUGAGUUAGUAUGUAGGACAGACAGGUCACCACAGGGAUGCAUUGUUUGAAAGAAAAUUAAUGUGUUUAUUUUAACAUCAAUCAGCCGUUGACUUUUUGGUUCUGAAUGUAGCCUUUAAAUUCGACGAGAGUUAAGAGAGUUAGAGCGGAAGACGAUGGGAGGGACAGAGGAAGGGAGGUGGAGGGGGAAAACAGCAAAGCAACACAGGCCUCAUUGAUGGCUGGUGUGUGUCUGUCUGUGUGUCUUUCUGUGUGCGUACAGUUACCUGAAAAAUGUGCUCCUAUCGAUUGACCUCUGAAGACAGCCCACCUACCUGCUUGGCUUACGGGACGGAUAGGAGAAUGAAAUUAAAGUAAAUACUUUGGAUGGACUCAGAAACACACAACUCUCCCUCACUCCUCUGCUGACCUCCCCCUACACACACAUACAAAUAUCUCUCGCGGUAUAAUUGGACCAGGACAUUCUAACUGAGAAAAAAAGAAGUGCUGUUUGUGUGUAGUCUGCGAGAGAACAUUCUUAAAUCAUUUGAAAAUCUUAGGUCUUGUGACGUCUCCCCUGUGUCGGGUCACUUCUUCAGAGUAUUUCACAGCAUUCCUGAGUGAUUAGCUGUGACAGUAAACCAAUUACAGUUAAUUGUGGAGUUUUUUACGGGAAGUGGGAGAGGUGAAGGGUGAAAGAGUCUUUCUUUGUGGAAUUUCGAGGUGCAAUAUGGGGCUCACAUUUAGUCUAGAAAGACUGAUCGCAGUGAUUUUGUCCAUGUUUUUGUUGUAUCUAAGCCUGAGUCUCCUGUAGAUAAGAAGGUAACAGGUGAGAGACCAUGAUGGUGGAUAUGACUGGUGCAAGAGGGAUGUUCUAUACCUAUACCUUGUAUGCUGGAGUGUCACUCACUUCAUAACAAUACUGUAGCUGCUAACCUCUCUAGGAACUCAUUGGUUAAGAUGUCAGUACUUAUUGCAAAUAUUCCUAAAGUAUAAUAUAUAUUUAGUUUUUACUGUGAAACACCAAAUAUCCCAAAACAAACUCCACCUCCAAUUACUAAAGUAAAAGGCUUUAAAAUAAGGACUCCGCUCAGUGAACCAUCCUCACAUCCAGCACUUUAUUGUUCAUCCUGGACCUCAUCAAUUAUAUAGAGCAGCACAACAGAACAGAUUGUCUUUGUCAGUGAAGAUAGGGGGCCUCGCUGUCUCUGUGCACAUCACUGAGCAGCAGCAGAUGGAAACGCUUCCAAUUAACCUUUUUAAAGGUUAAUUAUAGUUUAGUUUUCUUUUUUAAUGAAAGAUUUUACCUUUUAUACAUCUGUCCUUUAGCUAUGAUGAGUUAGUUAGAGAUUAGAGGUGUAUUUUUUUAUUAUAAAGAAAAUAAUUUAAAAAAAUUAAUGAUAAACAAAAGUAAUUUGCUCCAAACACUGCUUCACCUGUGCAGUAAUAUUUCUAAUCUCCCAUUAUUUAAGUGAGAUCAGCGAGAAGUGGGAACAAAGAAAAAAGAAAGAAAGAACAAAGGAGGAGUGAGGAGUACUAGUGAACCAACUUUCUAAUCCGUACAAAUGAAGUGGGGGCGAUUCAUGGUUGAGUAACUAAGAAGGGGGAGUCAGUAAUCACAAAGAAAGAGAGGAGGGAAGAGGAGAAAGAAAGAAAAAGAAAGAUGUCAUGAGCGGAUCUCAUUCAUUUGUUAGAUUAACCUUCAAGUGUUUGAGGAUUUUGAAGGAACAUGUUGUGAACCCGUCUUCACUUGUUUGCUUCAUUGCAUGUUGAACUUGUCGGACAUUGUUUUUCUGAGAUCAUAGUGCAUUGUGGUUUUUGGACACAACUGUGAUCACGGGAAGAGGAUGGGAGUCCUUCGUCUGUCUCUUGCUCUCUUCCUCUUCUCAUCACCUGCACAAGCUCAAUGGUGGAGUUUCUUGUGGGCCAGUCCUACCUCCGGCCCCAGUGGUGCUCCUUCAUCUGCUCCUACUUUCACCUCCGCAUCCAAUAUUUCUCUGGGUCUUUCUGACAAUCUUUGGGCGACAGAACAGGUCAGUUUGGGAGAUGAUGUGACAGAAGGAGCUCUGAGGAGCGGCAGUCAGGCAGAGGAAUCCAUUCUGUUCUCUACACCUGGUCCUGCAGUGAUUUACUCUGGUGUAAGUACUGUAAAGCCAGAGGUUUGGCUUCCAGAGGACAAAGCAAGUGGAAGCGGUAAAUCCAGGUCACAGUACAAACAACUGAAACACUGGAAAAAUGGUGAGUGAGGUUGGUUUUAAAUGAAACACUUUUUGGAUUUUCUGAUCUUUCUGUACUCUCUAAUCCAAGCAUACUCCAUUGUUUAUAGUAGUUUUAAUGGCUGAAAUAUUUGUUAUUGGGUUGUCAUUUUUAAAAUUGUAAAUUGAUUAAGGAAACUUUUAAUUAUUAGGGAAUUUUAAUUAUGACAUCUUUACUAGUCUAUCUCCCUUUACCUGCAACCUGACAAUGAAUUGUUUCUCAACACUAAACUGUGAGGUGAAACCAUUUUCUUUGGUCCCUUGUAUUCUGAUUGCCGUAUUUCUGUUUCCUUCAGAGCGAGGCUCAGGAAGUCACCUGGACCUGACUGAGCUGAUCGGUGUUCCCCUGCCUCCCUCCGUCUCCUUCACCCCGGGUUAUGAAGGCUUUCCAGCCUACAGCUUUGAACCUGGAGCAAACAUUGGUCGCCUGACCAAGAGCUUUGUACCAGGGCCAUUCUACAAGGACUUUGCCAUUAUUGUCACGGUGCGACCAACAAGCCAAAGAGGAGGCGUGCUCUUUGCCAUCACUGAUGCUGCUCAGAAGGUGGUGGAGCUGGGACUGGCCCUCACUCCAGCCAGGGCUGGCCUCCAGAGUAUCCUACUAUACUACACUGACAGACAGCAGUCCUCCCACAGUCACAAAGCUGCAGCCUUCAGUGUCCCUGAAAUGACUGAUCAGUGGACACGCUUCACAGUGGUGGUGGAACAGGAUGAGGUGCGUCUCUACAUGGACUGUGGAGAGGCAGAAAGAACACGUUUCCAGAGAAGGCAGCAGGGGCUGACGUUUUCCCACAACUCGGGCAUUUUUGUUGGAAAUGCAGGGAGCACGGGGAUGAACAAGUUUGUGGGCGCCAUUCAGCAGCUGGUUAUAAAGGACGACCCCAGAGCAGCUGAUGAGCAGUGUGAAGAUGACGAUCCCUACGCCUCAGGAUAUGACAGUGGAGAUGAUGCUCUGGACGACAGAGAGACAGAGGAGGAAACCACCACUAAAAUACAGCAACAGAAACACAGCACACAACAGGAAAAGGACAGUGUUCCCAUUAAUGCACCACCCACUGAGGCUCCAGAAUUGGAUCUAGAUGAGUAUUCUGGUCACAUGACUCCCACAGAGGCUGGGGAAGAAGUAUUGAUUACAGGGCGAACAAGAACCGAUGAGGUUGGAGAGAGUCUAGAGGAGGUCAGGCCAGGGAUGAAAGGAGAAUCAGGAGAUCCUGGACCACCUGGGCCACCUGGUCCCCCAGGACCAAACCCAGUACCUGGGCAGCCUGGACCAAUGGGACCACAAGGGCAACCUGGAAAACCAGGGAUUCUUGGACAGCCAGGGAGAGAUGGACAGAAGGGAAGUAAAGGUGAUAAUGGAGAUCCAGGUCAGAGAGGUCCUCAAGGAUUUCCUGGUUUAACUGGAGAUGUUGGAGCCAAAGGAGAAAAAGGAGAACAAGGAAUUGGUUUACCAGGUCCCCCAGGACUACCAGGUCCACCAGGACCCUUGAGAUCUCGCAGCGUACCUUAUGGAGCUGAUGCACUGGGUUCUGGGUUCGAGGAUUUGGACAGUGACACUGAGGUCAUCAGGGGUCCUCCUGGUCCUCCAGGUCCACCUGGACCUCCUGGUCCCUCUGGAUUCAACCUGUCAGCUGACGUAGCUAAUGGACUCAAUCUGAGUCAUGCUGGGCCCGCUGGUGUCCCUGGAAAAGACGGCCUUCCAGGCCAACCUGGAAUACCUGGUCCAGCAGGAAAAGAUGGAUUUCCAGGUGUACAGGGAACCAAAGGAGAGAAGGGUGACCAUGGAUUACCUGGCCCACCUGGACCAAAGGGUGAAAGUGGACCUCAAGGUAAACCGGGACCACAAGGACCCAGUGGUCCAGAAGGGAAGAGAGGCCCUGCGGGUCCACCAGGCCCACCUGGACCCCCUGGAAAUUCAAGAGCCAAUUACUUUUUAAAGGACAUGGAGGGAUCUGGGACAGGUGACGUGUUCAUGGGAGCUGGAGCCAGAGGUACACAGGGUCCUCCUGGUCCUCGAGGACCUAAGGGUGAAGAUGGAGCUCCAGGGAUAUCUGUUAAAGGUAAACCAGGAGAACCAGGACCCCAAGGAAUUCAGGGUCCUGCUGGGCUACCAGGUGCUUCGGGCGCCAAGGGUGAAAAGGGAAGUCCAGGCUUAAAGGGUGACCAAGGCAGAGAUGGACUCAGUAUCCCUGGACCUCCUGGGCCGCCGGGACCUCCUGGACCGGUCGUAAAUUUGCAGAAUGGUGCUGAAGGCUUGCCUGGCAGAGCAGGGUUUCCUGGUCCCCGAGGACCAAAGGGAGACAGAGGACCUCAGGGUGUCCAUGGCACAGCUGGGAAUAAAGGAGAGAAGGGAGAGCCAGGAGUGAUCGUUGCUGCUGAUGGAUCUAUUUUAUCUCCACCCAGUGGACCCAAAGGCAUCAAGGGUGACCGGGGUUAUCAAGGAAGUGCUGGAGUUAUGGGUCCUAUGGGACCUCCUGGGCAAAAAGGAGAAUACGGCUUUCCAGGUCGUCCGGGCCGCCCUGGUUUCCCUGGUAAAAAAGGUGACAGAGGAGAAGCUGUUGGCCUGUCGGGACCACCCGGACCUCCAGGACCUCCAGGACGUCCAGGAAGAUUUCUUGGUUUUAAUGGGGGAGUGAUGUCAAGGAGAGCCUUCAUCGGAGACAAAGGAGACGAGGGAGUAACAGAGGAUGGAAUGACACCUGACUCUGAAGUUGUCAACAGACUGAUGAGUGAGCGAGGUGAUCUGCUAAAGGGUCAGAAGGGAGAUAAAGGUGCUGCCGGUCUGCCUGGAGCUCCAGGACUGCCUGGACGUUCAGGCCUCGUGGGUCCAAAAGGUGAAUCUAUUGUGGGUCCUCCUGGCCAAAGAGGUUCCCCUGGUCUGCCCGGGACUGCAGGCUUUGGACGACCUGGACUCAGAGGUCCACCUGGCCCUGCUGGACCUCCAGGACUUGCACCUCUGAAUGGAUCUGGUACAGCAGCUGUUAGCCUCCCAGGUCCACCUGGUCUUCCCGGUCCACCAGGGUCUCCAGGACAUGGAAAUCUGGUGACCGUCUAUAAAACCAUUCAUUCCAUGACCAAAGACAGUCAACGUGUCUCAGAAGGAACUCUGGCUUAUGUGUCUGACGGAGGAGGAGAGCUUUACAUCAGGACCCAGACAGGAUGGCAGAAGAUUCAGCUUGGUGAGCUGAUUUCACUUGGUAAAUCCUUCAGAACUGAAGAAUGGAGUCGACCAGACUGGAGCCACAACCAGGAGCUGCAGGAUGGAGGCAGAGGAUAUCAGCCCAGCUUUAAUGUAGUGCCACAAACUGUCAGUGCUGGGCCUGGGCUCCACCUGGUGGCCCUGAAUACCCCCGUAAAGGGUGACAUCCGUGGCAUCCGGGGGGCAGACUUCCAGUGCUAUCAGCAGGCACGCUCCACCGGGCUUAGUGCCACCUACAGGGCGUUCCUAUCCUCACACCUACAGGACCUGGCAACCAUAGUGAAGAAAGCAGAUCGAACUGAGAUGCCAGUAGUUAACCUGAGGGGUGACUUGUUGUUCAGUAACUGGGAGUCCAUUUUCUCUGGGAAUGGGGGAACAUUUAAUCCAUCAGUACCUAUCUACUCCUUUGAUGGACGGAACGUCAUGACAGAUUCAACGUGGCCAGAGAAGCAGGUCUGGCACGGCUCGAGCAUAGCCGGCGUCCGCCUGACGACCAACUACUGUGAGGCAUGGAGGACAGGAGACAUAGCAGUGACAGGCCAGGCGGCGCUGCUCCAGACUGGACGACUGUUGGGUCAACACACCCGCUCCUGCUCCAACCACUACAUCGUGCUGUGCAUAGAGAACACAUAUGUAGGCAGCACACAUCUGAAGAGACCAUGAGGAGAGACAUGUUGAACAUACUGUACAGAACCAGAAGAAGGAGCACGUGACUGGGCCACACAUGCAGGCACAUACACAGAAUAUAAUGACAUGUCAUUGUUUUGUUUUUGUAUUUGUUUGUUUUUUAAGAAAAUGUACAGACAUGUUUUUUAACACACAAGUUUUCUAUUACUAGUUACUAUUUACCACUAAGUUAUUGUCUUCCUGUUAGUUCCAUAAGUUAAGAAAUGUUUUCAGAGAAGAAAAAAAACCCUGAAUCCUUGGUUACUGUCUCUGUCAUCCUACUGUCAUCAUCCACUGGAAAAAAAAUCCUGUUAUAUUUUAAAUAAAUAAAUGACCAAAAA